ACGGCUAAGGCCUAUAAGGAAGCUGUGGCUGAAACUAAUGGGAGAGCUAAGGCAAAAGUUAAAAAGAAGAGAAGUCUUGUUAAAGAACAUUAUUACGAAGAGUUCUUUACAAAAUUUUGGAAAGAAUCCGAAAGUCAACAGUUUGCUAAAGCAAACGCGACAUCAUCUAAUACACUGAGCAGAUCGCAACCAUCAAGAAUUCCUAGACCAAGUGUCACAUCACAUCCGCAAGUAUCUCAGGAUCUGGAACUACAAAAAUUCCUCAAGGAAUUCCUUCUCCUAAUAGAUCGCGUUUAA